UUUAUGAUUAGAAGAUAAAAUUCCCUACCCGAAAUCCUCUCAAUUAUUUAAGAAAAAAAGAAGGCUGGCCUUUAAUAAUAGCAAUCUCUCUAAGUUCCAGAAUAAGAACCAUAACCAGUAUUCAAAUAUGUCUUACAUGAACAUCAGGAAAGAAUUCAAUUAGCCAAAAUGUUUUACAAAAAUCUAAAGAAAAGAUCAAUAGCUAGAAAUGUUAAUCAAAUUAAAAGUAUGGCAAAUCUCAAUGGAUUUUAAUUAAAACAAGGUCAAGUUGUUAGAUAGAAACUUUAUGUUGAAUAAAAUUAAAUGCAAGAGUAAUAAUUUACAUUAUAUAGAAAUCCUUAAAUAUAUUUAUGUCCUACCUAAAAGAUAAUUUAAUAAAAGUCGAGUCCUAUUAAAACUAAUUAAAGAACUUCUCCAUUACAAAGAUCAAGAGCAAUUACUACUAAAUCUAGUUUCCAUCUUAAAAGUAUGGAUCUAACAAAAAAUGAAAGUAUGAUCUCUGUAAAACAAUGUAAAGAAGGAAAACCAACAGUUAAAUCUAGAUAAGUUGAUGAAGUUAAAGGUUAAGCUAAAUUAUUCACUAUAGUGUAUAAAUCAUUGAAAUUUCAAAGUUGA